AUGUGGACCAUAAAAGGGAAUGGAGAUUAUGACACAAUUGCUGUCAUACAUUCUCAAUUUUCCACAUCUCCUGGUGCACACUCCGGACCUGCUUUCUUGCCGUGGCAUAGAGAAUUCAUCAAGAGGUUAGAAAUAGCUCUUCGCCGUGUUGAUCCCUCUUUGGCUCUACCCUACUGGGAUUCCUCGCUCGACGAAUCACUGCCUUCCCCGAGAGAUUCUGUAAUGUGGGGAAAUGAACUGAUGGGAUCACAGGGUAGUGAUGGAUCCGUUCGCACUGGAGCAUUUAGAAAUUGGACGACUGUAGAUGGCUCCCGAGUAUUCGUGCGUAACAUUGGCAACGUUGGAAACUUAAUGAGAGGAAGUGAUAUUACCACUUUGAUUAAUGCAAACGAUUUUCGUCUAAUCAUGGCCUUCACGGCUCCGCAACAGGUUACUUAUAAGUGGGCGCGAAAGCUCUGA